GCUGUUUGGAGAAUGGAUAUAAAGAGCGCGCUCCGGCUUUGAUUUUCACUACUGCGGUCGGCGAGAUUAAUAGUGUCUGCAUACUUAUUCGCUUUAUUAUCGAAACAUCGGCGGCGGAACAUCGCAACAGCGACAUGAAGCUGGCUGUCCUCACUGUUGGUGCCAUUGCCACCUUGGCAGUGGCCACAGCUUCAAAUAGCAGAGCUCUCCAGGGCUACCCUCAAAUUCUAGAGACUGGGCCUGAAAUCACUUCUGUGGCCCCUGAAGCCAGCCUUGCGUCUGGAAUCGGGGCAGGAAUUGACUCUGGAGCCAGCACCCUCAAAAAGUCAAAUCUCUUCAAUGACAAUCUCGCUGCCAUUGAGGCCAUUCGAACCGGCCUCGGUAUCAACGCUGGCUCUAGCCCCUUCAGCGGACUCGGCUACAAUUCUGGCAUAGGCAGCCUCACACACGGCGGAGCGCUCGGUCUCGCUGGUGGACUCGGAGAAGCUGGCCUCGACGGGCUUGGCUACGGCGCUGGCCUCGAAACCGUCUACGGGUCUCUCUUGGGAUCCGGUGGUAUUGGAAUUCUGCAAGGAAGUGGCAACGUCCGCACCCUGCGCUCGGGAGGAGAUGGCGACGGCGUUGGAUAUAGCAGCUUUAAGACAUACAACUUCAACUACGCUUCCAGUGACCCCUCCGCCGGAGCCAAAAAAAUUGACAGUGGUUCAUAAGCGGGCAUCGUUCGUGCUUGCAAGCGUCGGGUCUUGUUAUACCAGUGGUCUAUGGAAGGAUGGCGGUGGAUCCACCGCUGUGCGCUGGUAAAAGCCACGCCGAAUGUUUUGGCCUCCGUUUUCGCCGAUGCGGCAUCUGUGCAGCUACUCACAUGCACGAGUACAUUGAGAAACGCUAGGAUCAAUAAAGAAUGAGUCGAUGGCCUUCACGCUUAUUGAGUCAAUUUUACAUGGAACAACUGUCUUUGG